UGGCCGGGGCGAGGAGGGCGCCACCGCCAUAUUGACGGGGAUCGCGGACGAGGAGUGGCAGCGGAUCGCAUCACCAGCCGGCAUAUAGAUAUAUCUAGUACAUACGCACCUAUUUUCAUAAUUCUCACCAGCAACGAUGAGCGAUAUCGACGAGGCAGCCUACGAGGGGAGGGACUCCCGCUCACCAUCAAAAUCUCCAAGUGGAAGUGCUGGUCGUGCAAAAUCUGAAAGUCGCUCUGCAUCUCGCAGUCCAUCAAGAGCCUCAAAGCGUUCAGAAUCUCGCUCGCGAUCCAGAUCUAAAUCUAGAUCACACUCGCGGAGACAUUCACACCGCCGGUAUUCACGCUCCCGAUCACGAUCCCAUUCACACCGAAGGCGGUCCCGCAGCAGAUCUUACACGCCUGAAUAUCGGUCACGAAGAAGGAGCCGCAGUCAUUCACCAAUGUCUAGCCGAAGGCGCCAUGCAGGAAGUAGAACGGGCCAUGUGUCGGCGAAACACGGAGGAGCAUUGAUAGUAGAUGUGGAGAAGUCCGCUGCCAGGACUGCCCCGUCAUCCCAGAUGAAGGAUGAUUCCUGGAGGCGAGCAGCAUAUGGGAAGAAAGAAGGCAAACUCGGUUCUCAAAACGCUAAUCCAGAUCCAAACACCUGCCUCGGUGUUUUUGGGCUCAGUUUGUACACCACUGAGCGGGAUCUUCGUGAAGUGUUUUCUCGCUAUGGGCCUUUGGCAGGUGUCAAUGUUGUCUAUGAUCAGCGGACUGGUCGUUCAAGAGGAUUUGCCUUUGUUUAUUUUGAAAGGCUUGAGGAUGCUAAAGAGGCAAUGGAACGUGCUAAUGGGAUGGAAUUGGAUGGUAGACGAAUUCGUGUAGAUUAUUCUAUUACAAAGAGGCCCCACACUCCUACUCCCGGAAUCUAUAUGGGAAGGCCAACUCACAGCAGUGGAGGUGGUGGUGGUGGAGGACGUCGCCGGGAUUCUUACUAUGAUCGAGGCUAUGAUAAAUAUGAUCGAUAUGAUGAUCGGGACUAUGAUUAUCGAUACAGUAGACGGCGAUCUCCAUCACCUUACUACAGCCGAGGAUACCGAUCACGCUCAAGGUCUCGUUCCUAUUCACCUCGUCGUUACUGAUCAGACUCUACUGCUUGCUGGACAACUGUCUAAAAGAUUUUUAAUCUACGUGUUACAGCAACUUUUUUUUGAGGGUGGGGUGGGGUUAAGAUUUUGGUAGUUGUGCAUGAUAGUUUCUGUGGCUAUAUAACUACUUUGGAAAGCCAUUCUAAAAGCUACUUGCUGGAACUGAUUUGUGUAAGUUCAUAACUCGAUGUAAAGACUCGGGCUGGAAUUUAAUGGUUGGUAAUCUUUUUAUUACCAGCUGCAGGUUUUUUUUUUGAACAUGCAAAUGCCAAUAUUCAUUAGUUUUGUCAUGUUGUUUGACUUUGUCAUUCAGUUGUGUUUACUGUUUGAAGCUGUCCUAAGUUCUGUUUUUUUUAUAAUCCUUUCAAAGAUCAGUAUAUACAUUUUACAAAAUAACUUGAAAAUGUACAAAAUGGUGGAUUGUUAGAAUGUCGUUUUUGAAAGAUACUUUAAGAUUCAAGUUUGGAGCCUACUGAUCUGACUGGGUAAUAGUGGAAUAUUGCAUUUCUGCCCUGGAUUGAAAGUAUGAUGUGAGAAUUGUCUUCACAAUUGUAAAGGAUUAUAUUAAUUAAAUUUUUUUUAGUUAAUGGUGUCUGUUUUGACCUGCAAUAUAGUCCCUGCAUAUUGACCAACUGCUAUAAUGUACAACACUUUACUGAAUAUUAAAAAUGCCUCCUGAAUAGGAGGUAGGAAGGAUCAUU